UACGCGUCCGUUAUCCCAAUCCCCUCGAUUCUCCGGCGACUCCGGCGAUGAUGCCGCUCCUCCUCCUCCUCCUCCCCGUCCGCUCCGCCCCUCUCCGGCGCCUCCUCCUAUGCCGCUGCUCCUCCUCCUCCUCCCCCGCCGCCGCCGCCUCGGCCUCGUCAUCCGCGUGCCCCGUCCCCGCCUCCUCAGUCCUCGCCCCGUACCACCGCGCCUUCGCCCGCCGCAUGGCCCUCGCCGGCGUCCACCCGCACCACCGCGUCGCGGUGGGGGUCUCCGGCGGGCCGGACUCCAUGGCGCUCUGCGUGCUCGCGGCGGCGUGGAAGAAGGCCGGGGAGGGGAGGGAGCAGGAGGAUGAGGGAGAGGGCGGCGUCUCGGGAUUCGUGGACGGGCUCCUGGGGGUCGUCGUCGACCAUGGCCUGCGCCCUGAGAGCGCCGACGAGGCGCAGCUAGUCCGUGAUCGGGUGCGCGGCAUGGGUGUUGUUUGUGAGAUUGCUACAUGUGAAUGGCCGAAUGGGCGACCAAAGCUGGGGCAUAUUCAAGAAGCUGCCCGUGAAAUGAGGUACCAAAAACUGUUGGACAUUUGUAUAAAGCAACGAAUAGCAGUCUUGCUUAUCGCACACCACUCUGAUGACCAGGCCGAACUCUUUGUUCUGAGACUAUCUCGCAACAGUGGUGUUUUGGGGCUUGCUGGUACAGCCUUUGUAUCUCAGUUGUUUGCGCCUAAUCUAAAAUAUGAUGGAGAUAACUUCAGUCGUUAUGGUGUUAUUCUUGUCCGUCCCAUGCUUGAAUUUUCAAAAGAUGACAUGUAUAAGAUAUGUCAAGGAAGUAAUCAUUUGUGGGUUGAAGAUCCAACUAAUAAUAGUUUGCUGUACGUUAGGAAUCGAAUCCGGGCAUCUUUGAGAAGUUUAUCCAUAGAAGGUACCUUUCAGUCAGAGCUUCACAAACUGAUCUAUGCGUGCCGGUUGACACGAGCAUUUAUAGAUAAUGCCUGCAGUAUGGUUUUAAAGAAGUCUUUAACAAUAAUGGAGCAUGGAUAUGCUGUCAUUGACCUGGAAAAACUUGACCCACAUAACGUUGAUGAUCUUUUUCUUUCACGAUAUUUAGCAUAUGUAUUACAGUUUGUUUCACAAAGGCAUAGGCCACUCCGUGGUAGAUCUGCUCAAUUGCUCAUAGACUACAUCCGUACCAUCCCCUGCAAGGCUGCCCUGAGUGUAGCUGGUUGUUACCUUUGUGCAGUUCCAAGGUCCAAAGGUACAAAAGUACUUGUCUGUUGUUCUGUUGAUCUGAUGGAGUCAUCUUCUGUUCAUAUGUCCUAUAAGUGUUCCUAUGUAAAGCAACCACCACCAGUAUCCGAGAUCAACCAGAUAGUCACUGAAGCACGCAUAUACUCUGAUCAAUUUCGACAGAACUGCCCAAACACACCUUUUCCGAGCUCUAAAUUUUCAACUGAUGUGCUGAAUAAGGCAAAGGAUCUCAAGCUAAUAGGUGAUUGUACAUUAGAAAAGCUCAAUUAUUUGCAAACAGAUGAACACCAAAAAUUCAUUACAACAAAAGAGCAUGGACAAGAACAGUACUUGGAGAAAACAAGCUUUCCUUAUUUAGAAGUUCUAAAUCUCUGGCCUGGUGAAACAUGCCACUUUAUGGGCAGGUUCUUGAUUACAUGGAGAACCUCGGAGGUUGUUGUGAAUGGAAUGUGCUUGCAUGACAGUCAAAAGCAUACUUGCCAGUAUUGUAUGGUAAAUCAGGAUGGAAGUCUUGCUAUUAGGCAUAUGUUCGAUACCGAUUGGUUGUUCCUUGCUGAAGUUUGUAAGAUCCAUUCUUUGGAAGAGAAUAAGAAUUAUUCAAAUGCUCUCUGUGACAAGUUGGAGGAUGCUAAACUCGUGCAGCACUCUAGAUAUUUGCAAUUGUCAGCAAUGAAAUCUCUUCAAAUCCUGAGAUCUAUUCCAGCACCUGCAAGACGAAUGCUACCAGUGUUGACCAACUCGCAAGGUGCUGUAUUGAGUAUACCGAGUAUUGGCUUCCGAUGUUGCCCAAGCCUAUUAAUUGAAGCAGUAUUCAGUCCAAGAGUACCACUUGGUGGAGGAUACACUUCAUAUUUGUAAGUGGUUGAUAUCUAUUGAUGACAAAACAUGAAACAUCAAGUGUAUAACUGCUGUUGAGAUGUAAGCAGCCGCUGGUGCUGAAUCGCUUGCAACAAACCGUCCAAUCAUUGCCAAAUGCGAAACAGCCUUAGCUUGCCAACGUCGUUGUGCAGUUAACUGAUGUUUCGUGAUCCCUGGUUCAUACAUAUGAUGAUUUGACAAGCUUGACAAGAACGGGAUUUUUACACGACAUUUGCGGAUUUGCCAGUUUGCAGGGAUAAAUCACUACAACAGUUAUAUGCCAGAACAGGCCCGAUUCUGCACUGGUUUCCAUCUCAACACCUGUCGUUGGACAUCAGGGUGAUCAUGGCUGAAAUCUCGUAGCUUCGCUUUGCAGUGCCAACCAGGUGUCGCUGAGGCAAUAGCAACUUUUGGCACUAGGCAAGUGGAAAUGAAGGUACCACUAGAUCACUGUGAGAGCAAUUUUGUCAGCGCUGGAGGUGGCUCAAGUGCCUAAUCGUUAAGAAUUUUAAAUAGGAGGAUAGAUAAAUAUAUCAAGUACCUGAGCGCUGGAGGUGGCUCAAGUGAGAUUUACCUCCCCAAGAAUGCAUCGCCUAGCAGACUCCCGGUUGGACAUCAGCCUGUAAUUUGAAGCCAAGAAUCGUUUCAUGUGAAUUAUUCGUCAGACAUUCUUACUAGAAAAGCAAUGCUUAACUCUACUUACGAAUACGAUAACAGUGUUCAAGCAGUGACAGACAAAACACUGUAAAUGAUUGUUCAUGUCUUGGUAUGUAUGCCUUCUCAUUCUCUUCACAUCCAAUGGGUUCGUGCUUUGUUCGCACGGACAGGACA